AUGGUGUCUUACCAUGAGCACACAACAACCAUGGAAUCGUCGUCGACUCAACCGGCAAGGAGAACCAAGGUAGCCUGUGAAGAGUGCAGGAAGAAUAAAAGAAAGUGUGAUGGACAGAAGCCUGCCUGCUUUCUCUGUGUCAAGUUUGACAGGCAUUGUACCUAUCUCAACGAAUUAUCAAGAAAACGUCGGAAUCAAGACGAGGAACUCAUUCGCAACCUCGAGAGCCAGGUUCAAAUCCUCGAGUCAGCUUUACUGAGCCGGGGAGCGGAGUCCAACAACUAUCAAGAUGGACAUCGCCAAACUAUUCGAUUGGAGGAAUGUCACAACCCUGCAAGUCAGACGAGUGAUUCAUCAGCUCUUCAAGAGCAAGGCCUGUCAGGCACGAGUGGCGUACCUGGCGACAUGAGAUCCGAUUCGGCCAUGGAUGAACUAGCCUCCCUGAUGUUGGAAAUGGACAUUGAAGAAAAAGGCGAACCUUCAUUCACGAUUGCCGCUGGUAGGCGCAGACAUUCACAGGUUGAUCAAACGGGAAUUCACGACAUGGGCCAAACAUCUAACCAGCAGAAGCGGAUGAUGACUGUAGUUGACGUCUCGCCCGAGUUUAUUCGCCAUCUUGUUGACUGCUUUAUCACCCAUUUCAACCCAUUCCAUCAAUUUAUCGAACCGCACGAAAAGGAACAGAUCAUUCUCAGUGGUACUGAAGUUGCAGAUCUUGGUCUCUCUUUCCGAAAUGCGGCGCUUCUCGCGGUUGGCGCUUGCUUCUCCGACCAUGAAGAUGCCAAAGCUACUGGGCUUGCUUAUUUCGAUCUUGCGUCCAGUCUUCCGUUGAUUUCCAUUAAACAAUGCCCUAGUGAACUCGUGGUGCAAGGUCUGGUGCUGUUGUCAUGGCACGAGCUCAUGUUUGGCACGGCCAGCUCAGCAUAUAACUACGUGGGAAUGGCGACUGGACAAAUACUACAUCUUGGAUAUCAUGUGGCUGCACUGAGGAAACCGGCGGACUUGACCCAAGUGUUAGCGUCACGAGCUGUCAAUGAACGUACUAUACGAACAUUUUGGUCGUAUUUCUCGGUCGAUCGACUUAUCACAUCCUCCCUGGGCAUGAAUUGUACCCUGCAUUGGCAGAGAGUCAGAUUACCUCCGUUCAGCAACAUUGUUGAAGGGGAGCUGACCUUGGACGAAGCCGCUCAUGAGGCUUUCUGCGAGCUAUGGCACUUGUGGGACUCUGGAAUGGACCAAGUAUAUGCAUUUGGAUGGGGUCAACUUACGGGAGACGAGCGAGCUGCUCUUGUGCUCAACUCGCAUCAAUCCUUGACCGGUUUCCACGCGCGAAUUGAUGAUCGACUAAGACUCCGACGGGACUAUCUACCUGACAGUGCGGUCUGGUUUCAGAUGGCGUACCACACAGCAUUGCUGCUUGUUCACCGGCCAUUGCUUGGGGAGCCUAGAGAUCGCCCCGCGGCCCGGUCGGCGUUCCGGCUAACCACUGCCUCUGCCCUGGCCAUUUCAAGCAUGAUUCGAUCGUAUCGGAAGAAUAAACGGUUUGGAAGCAUGUCGCCACAGGUGGUUGAUUACGUCGUAAGUGCGGCUGUCAUCCAUUUACUCAACGCCACGUCCGGCAAGAAAUCUGCAUUGGGACGCCAGUCCAUGAGUGGGAUAAGGACGUGUCUGGAUGCAUUGCAGGACAUGCACCGUCAAUGGCCUUCACUUAGUACACGCUCAAUCAGGCAGAUCCAAGCCCUUGCAAAUCGGUGGAAAGUUGUUUGGGCUUUACCAAGUGGUUUGGCUGGACUUCCUGUAGGCAUGCCAGGUACUGGGAUUGCUGAACAACAGCAGCUGGUUGUCUCGGCAGCUACACGAGAUCUGGACUUUGAACCAGCUUCUGAAGACCUAGGAUUUUCAGAGCAUACUGACAGUCCUCCGGCCGAGAGCUGCGAGAUCAAUGAUCCUCUGGACUUUUGGAACAUGGACGACAUCGAAUGGAGUACUUUUAUCUUCGACGAGGCAACACCACGGCCCAACAUGCAAUCUCUCAUCAACACAUUUCACAAUCCAGCUCGUGCAUGGGAGCAGUGA